AUGCCGAACGCAUACAUCACUCUGGACGUUACCGAUGUCAAUAACCUGCCACCCGGUGUGACGGUCGACGACGUCUCCCCGUACGGCUAUGUACCUACCAAAGCCAGUUGUUUUAUCUUCCUCUUCUUGUUCGGCUUCAGCACAGCGACCCACGUGAUACAGGCGAUGUACUUCAAGCUAUGGUUCCUCCUUCCAACUGCCGUACUCUGCGGUGUCGGAGAGCUCGCGGGUUGGACCGGCAGGCUCAUGUCUUCGAACAACGUUCUCAACCAUAAUGGAUUCCUCAUACAAAUCACGUCUACUAUCAUUGCGCCAACUCCAUUACUCGCCGCCAACUUCAUAAUGCUCGGAAGGAUCAUUGGGAGGCUCGGGGAAGGAUACAGCCGUCUGAGCCAGCAGUGGUACUCCCGCAUCUUCUUGACGUGCGAUCUGGUGGCUUUGGUCAUGCAGGGCGUCGGCGGCGGCAUCGCAUCAAGCGCCAAAACCGACUCGGGCUCCAAUCUUGGAUCGAACAUAAUGCUUGUCGGCAUCAUCUUCCAACUAGUGGGCAUCAUAGUCUAUACCACUCUCGCGGCCGAGUUCCUAUGGCACUACGCCCAGGACAUGCCCUUCCGCCGCGCGUACGUGUACAUGCACCGCUCGAAGACGCCUCGCCGCCUCAAGAUCAUGCUUAUGGGCAUGAGUGCCAUGACCAUUCUCCUCUUCAUCCGGUCGAUCUACCGCACUGCUGAGCUCGCGGACGGCUGGCACGGGACGAUCAUCACGACUGAGUGGCUCUUCGAUGUCUUCGACGCUUUGAUGAUAUCAUCUGCUAUGCUCACCCUCAAUGUGAUCCAUCCUGGGUUCUUCCUUGUACCUGAGGAGAAUCCCGUCGAGCUCUCCACAUACAGAAUGGACCCCAAGGCGAGCUCGGCGUCUACCGACAAUAUGCUGGAGCACUCGGGCCACGGCAGCAUGGUGACUGUCUGA